GCGGGCGCGAAAAAAAAUGUCGUUUGACUCGUUUUUUUUUUAAAUAAUCGACAGUCUACAUAGACAAAGGCAGUGGAGGCAGCUUGUCCAAUCGGAUUUGGAAGAGGGCGGAGUUUAUCUGUUUCACAACAAGAGGCGACUUUGACAACGAUAGGAGACACGACCGGUUUUCGUAUGCUGGUUACGACAGAGCGGAAAAAAAUGAUCGGACGCCAACUUAAAAGGGACUACGACUACUGAAAGUGCCUGAAGAUGAAGGGUCUUUACCUGGUGGAGCCAGUGGUGGCGCUGUACGCGUUCUCCACGUACCUCACGUACCCGUUGGUGCAGCAGUACGUGUACCGGCGGCUGUGGCAGCAGCUGACCAACAGCACGUACCCCGUCUCCGACAACACGUCCACAUGUGCCCGCGCCAACGCCAGCGACCACGACAACCGCACCUUCUACUUGCAGGAGGUCCAGGAGCAGGUGUCCCUGUUCUCGCUGUACUCUCAGGUCCUGUCGGCGGUGCCCUCCUUGCUGGUCACCCUCCUGUUGGUGGCGUACAGCGACCGGGCGGGGCGCAAGGUGGCCAUCGUCCUGCCACUUGUGGGCACGCUGCUGUACACGCUGUCCCUGCUGGCCGUCUCCUACUUCCAUCUGAACGUCUACCUACUGGUCGGGGCCACGUUCCUGUCCGCCCUCUUCGGGGGCCUGGGCACCUUCCUGGGCAGCUGCUUCGCGUACGUAGCCGACCUCAGCGGCGCCGGCGGCCAGCGGAUGACGCUGCGCAUCGCCGGGCUGGACAUGAUGAUCGGGCUGCUGUCGGGCGCGGCCUCGCUGUGCACGGGCUACUUCCUGAGGGCGGCCGGCUUCGACGGGCCCUUCCUGACCUCGGCCGUGUGCCAGGUCCUGGUCCUGCUAUACGCUGUCUUCAUCCUGGAAGAGACGGUGACACGGCCGGACGCCGACCCAGACGAGGGUUCGGCCGUGCGGCAAAUGUUCUCCACCGUCUACUGGAUGUUCACCCGGGCCGGACCCAAGCAGCGAAUGCUGCUGGUCCUCCUGGUCUUCAUCUUCACAAGCUUCUCCUUCACCUACGUGGGCAGCUUCUCCUUGUUGGUGCUCUACGAGCUGAACGAGCCGCUGUGCUGGACCGAAAUUCUCAUCGGCUACGGUGCGGCGCUGUCCACCACCAUCUUCCUCUUCAGCUUCGCCGGCGUGGCCGCUUUCACGUACUGCGGCGCCCCGCAGCUGCUCGUGGUGUUGAUCGGCAUCCUGUCUUUGGCCACCGGCAUGACUAUGGUGGCCUUUUCCAAAACCACUUUGAUGAUAUUUCUAGCGCGGCUUCCCAUGCUCCUGUCCAUCAUGCCCUUCUCGGUGCUGCGAUCCAUGAUGUCCAAAAUCAUCCGCAAGUCCGAGCAGGGUGCUUUGUUCGCCUUGCUCUCCUUCGCGGAGGUUCUGACAGCCAACGUGUCGGCGGCCGUCUUCAACACCUUGUAUGCCGCCACGGUGGCCUGGUACCCCGGUUUUGUCUUCCUGGUAUCUGCCGGACUUUGUGUGAUACCGACCAUGCUUCUGGGCGUGGUGUGCGCGUUGGGAGCCGACGUGGCCGCCGAGGACGAGGCUGCGGUGCUGGUCGGGGAGUCCGAGGAACGUCCUUGAGCCGACAAGGAUGCGCCUGAAGACUGCGACGACCGCAACCUGCUCCUAAACUGAAAAACAAACAAACCGACAAAUCUCCUCUUUGUUGGUUCUUUGAACCUCUCGUCUGGAAUUGUCACUUGAGCAAAACCCAAACCCAAAGUAGGUGACGGAUCCCCGUUUUACAAAAAAAGACCCAACAGGUUGUCAUCCUCCAGCGCUUGUGCCGUUGGAACCCCCGUCGAAAGGCAAUAAAUGCUACACCGUUCGCUCCCUCUGGGAAACUCGAACGAGAAUUGACAAAUACGAAUCAUUUUCAAUGAAAAUGUAAUCGUAUGUCAAAACAAAUAAUAAUAAUAAUACUGUGUCAAGUUCCAUGCAGUGUGUUUGUUGGAUUGGUGCUUGAUUGUUUUUAAA